AUGCUCACACGGACCAAGCGGACACGGGUUUCUGUGGCGUGCGACCGGUGCAAGAGAAGGAAGAAGCGGUGUGAGGGACUGGACCCGUGCGAAAACUGCAAACUCGCCGACGCCCGGUGCUCGUACUCGCGCGCGCUCAGGACGCACGUGAGAGGCACAAGGGCGAAGGAGAGUGAGGUUGAUGAGCAGACGCCAGAGAAGGGACUCGUGGAAGACUCCGGUAUCACGUGCGAACGACAACCCACCUCCCCACCUAACUCAACAAAACACAGCCCGAACGCAGAAUCCGCGCACUCGGACGAAAACGAGGUGCUCGCAGAAGCCCUCCAAAACCGGAUCCAACUGCUGAAAAAACAAUUUUCCCUGCUGCAGGAGGAGCUCGCAGCCUUGCGGCCACACACCGCGCGCUCCGAAAAGUGCUCGAGCGACUUCUACAAGUCGAUCCGGUUGCUUCUGCACGACACCCAGGACGAGACGUACGCCGGCAGCACGGCCAUCGUGUCGAAGGUGAACUCGAUCAAGAACUGGAUUCUCUCGAAACUAUACAGGGAGGUGAAGGACUCGCACUCGUUCACCAAACCGCCGCCCGACCACGCCAAGAUGAUGCGCAUCCUGGACAGCCGCGCCAGCGGAGCCGUGCCGGUAACCCCCACAGAAGAGCUCGAGGCGAUGUUUGUGCAGUACUUCAACCGGCUCAUGGGCCAGCGGUACUUUUUCUACGAGCCGGAGGAGCUGGAGCAGCUAUUUGCGGCGCAUUUCGGCGACUCCGAAUCUCUCUGUCCCAAGUUCACCAGCCGAGCGCACCAGGACGCCAUCGCAAGCCUCAUUCUCGGCACAGGCUGCCGUCUAGUGAUGAUGUCAAAGCAGAUGAAUUUCCUCGACCCUAAGCUCUAUUUCGACCGCGCCAUGGACCUGCUCUCCAGCAUAGAAUGCGCGCUCAAUUCGCUCGACCAGAUCCGCCUCAUCAUGCACAUUUCGCUGUACUUGCUGGUCUCGUACGACCACAACGUCAAGUUCACGAUGAACAUCUGGGAGCUGUCGGGGCUCGCGAUCCGUAAGAUCACCCAAACAGGCCUCCACCGCUUCAACAUCCCGGCGGUCGAGACCGCCAAGGAAUACGAAACGAAAAAACGCAUUUUCUGGUCCGUGUACACGUUCGAAAAGGUGCUGUGCAUGACGCUGGGCCGGCCCGCGUCGAUCUCCGAGGACGAGAUCGACGUGCCGUACCCGCUCAACAUCGACUCGCUCGCUGAAAUCGACGCCAAGGACCUGUACAAGCUGCAGAUCGAGCAGCAGCGGCUGCAGUACCACCAGCACGAUCACCGCAUCACGUACCCGCAAAAAAUCUCCCGCACGUACUAUCUCAUCCAGAUGUGCCGCGUCCGCGAGCUCGAACUGCGCAUCGGGAACCUGGAGCAGUCGAUCGCCGUGCCGCUCGCCGCGUCGAUGAUCGACACCGCGCCGCACAUCGAGUCCCAGUUCAGCGCCCGCUACCAAAAAAUCGAGACAGAGCUCGAGAGCUGGCGCGCCCAGCUUCCGACAGAGUCGGAGUUUCUGAACGGCCUGCGCCGCGAAAUCCCGUUCGAGUACCUGACGCUCUGCUACCAUCGGUCGAAGAUGUUCCUCUGUCUCACCAGACUCAUGCACAACGUGGACAAGGACCACGAGAGCUUCCAUGCGCUCCUGGUCGAGAUUUCCGAGGCAGCAGGCGGCGUGUGUAAGGCGUACAUGGCCAUCACGAAGGACCCGGCGUUUGGCUACGGCAUGUUCAGUCUGCACUCUGUGUUCCUGGUGGGCAUAAUUCUCGCGUACUCGAUCCUCAACCUCGACCACGAGCUGCUUGUCACCGCGCAAAUGUGGAAAUUCCACAACUACCUGCGGCACUGCUCGGUGCUGCUCUCGCUGUUUGCCGAGCGCACGAAAAAGGCCGCCAGCUUCCGCAUCCUGUUCGACAGACUGCUCGAGGAGGGCAUCUUCCGCACCGCGGCCGGCUCGCCAGUAAUGCCGGCCACGCCGGCCAGUUUCUUCUCGCAGACGUUCGAGUCCGGCAACCUCGAGCUGCGCAAUCUCAUGGACAUUUUCAGCUCCAACACAGAAAACCACUGGGACAUCAGCGACGAGGACGAGUUCUGGGAAAUACUAGAUUCGAACCGCAGUCUCCAUAAAUAA